AGAAUUGAAAAUUGUGAGCCACUGUGCCUUUGCAUGCUAACAGUGCCAUUUUGAGUUAGCAUUAACAUUGAGUGCUGCCUGACAGUGACACCGCAGUUAAGUUGAGCAUAAACAUUGGGCAACUGAAGUUAACAUAGCAAUCGUAACAGUUUUCUGUUAUCGAAAUCCACUCAACAGCUCUUGGCGUUGCUGCAUUUGUUAUGUUUCUGGGAGCGAUUUCAGUUUGUUUUGUGCGCGCGUUCCGGACGGUAGUGAUUGCCGUGUGUGUCUCGUCGUCGUCGUCGCUGUUAUAGCCGUCGCCGUCGUCGCUCGCGUAGUCGUAGUUCGUGAGAAAGCAAAGUCAAAGCGUAGCUGGUAAAAAACGUUCUACCAAAAAAAAAAAAAUGUUUGCGGCAAUGGUCAAUAAAUAGAAAUUGAAACUAUUGAAAGGGAGAACAACGAAGAAAAGCCGAAAAACAAACUGAAUAAAAAUUCAACUAAAAACGCUAUAAAUUGAACAAGCCAAGCAACGCCGCAGAAUAAAGUAAAAGAGGCUACAAAACAACAACAACAACAACUGGCGCAAAUGCAGCAACGAUCGUUGGCGUCGUCGCUGCGGCGCGUCAACAAAAAACCAGCAGCAGCCGCAGCAAAACGAAGAAUCAAAAAACCAACAACAACGUCGCCAGCAGCAGCUUGGCUCAAAAUGCUGCCGCUAUCGACGUCGCCGCCUCUGCUAUUGCCGCUGCUGCUGCUACUGCUCGGCAUAGCCGCAUUUAGCUUGGACAGCUGCUCAUGUUACGCGGAUGCCAUUCCCCAACAACAACAACAACAGCAGCAGCAACAACAACUUGGAGCCCAAGCAGGACAAUCGCACCAACAGCAACAGGCGCCGCGUUUUACAACGCAUCCGUCGUCAUCGGGAUCCAUUGUUAGCGAAGGACGCACGAAGAUUUUACAGUGUCAUGCGCUGGGUUCGCCACAGCCCACAUAUCGAUGGCUCAAGGAUGGCAUACCCGUUGCCGAUUAUUCAUCCAGUCAAUUUUAUCGCAUUCACAUCACCAAGCGCGAGGAUGCCGGCAGCUACCAGUGCAUUGCCAGGAACGAGGCUGGUUCGAUUUUCAGUGAAAAAAGCGACGUUGUUGUUGCCUAUAUGGGCAUUUUCGAGAAUAUCACCGAGGGUCGUUUAACGGUUGUCAGCGGUCACCCGGCCAUAUUUGAUAUGCCAGCGAUUGAUUCGGUGCCGAAGCCAUCUGUCAUUUGGCAAACGGAGGAGGGCCCACUCAACUAUGAGAUCAAAUAUGCCGUCACCCAGGCGAAUCAGCUGAUUGUUUUGAGCGCCGACGAGAGCGAUCGGAAGGCGUAUCGUGCACGUGCCAUGAACACACAGCUGGGCAAGGAAGAGAUGAGUGCGUUUGUCCAUCUGAAUGUCACUGGUGAUCCCUAUGUGGAGGUGGCGCCCGAGAUAAUCGUGCCGCCGCAAGAUCUCAAACUGAAGCGCGGCGAGGGCGUGGCCGAGCUGCAAUGCAUUGCCAAUGCACGACCACUGCACGAACUGGAAACCAUCUGGCUUAAGGAUGGCCAGCCCGUUGAGAAUGCCGGCAUAUCGCACACCCUGAACGAUCCAUGGAAUCGCACCCUGGCCCUGCUGCAAGCCAAUAGCUCGCAUUCUGGCGAGUACAGCUGCCAGGUCCGUUUGCGCAGCGGUGGCUAUCAAACGGUCAUGGCUACCGCCCAUGUUCAGAUCAUAGAGCCGCCCAUGUUUUUUACGGCCAUGCGUGCGGAGACUUUUGGCGAUUUUGGCGGUCAGGUGAUGUUGCCCUGCGAUGUGGUCGGAGAUCCCACACCCCACGUUCAAUGGUUUCGCAACGCUGAACCCAUCGAGGCACACCUACAAACUGGCGGAUACACGCUGAAAGCUGAUAAUACGUUGAUAAUUAAAAAACUGACGCUGGAGGAUGAAGGCAUGUUCCAAUGCCUGGCGAGCAAUGAGGCGGGCGAGAAAUCUGCCUACACCUGGCUGCGUGUGAAAACAUCAACUGAAGCGGCAGCUUUGCUGCAGCCGCGCGUGAAGCGUUUGGCGCAGCCGCGCAUAUUGCGAGUGAGAGCUUCGCAUGCCGGCAUGGGCAUGAGCGCAAAAAAUCCCAACAGGGGCAUGGGCAACGGCACGGGCAAUAAACGCAAGGAAUUUCGCUUUGCCACAGCCCCGGUGAUGGAGCAGCCGCCACAGAAUGUGACCGCACUGGAUGGCAAAGAUGCGACCAUUUCAUGUCGGGCCGUAGGCGCACCGAAUCCGAACAUAACCUGGAUUUAUAAUGAAACUCAACUGGUCGAGCUGUCGAGCCGCGUUCAGAUACUCGAAUCUGGCGAUUUACUCAUCUCAAAUAUACGCGCCUCCGAUGCGGGCCUCUACAUAUGUGUGCGCGCCAACGAGGCGGGCACCGUAAAGGGCGAGGCUUAUCUGGGUGUACUAGUGCGAACACAAAUCAUACAACCGCCGGUGGACACAACCGUGCUGCUUGGCCUGACCGCAACGCUCCAAUGCAAGGUGUCCAGUGACCCCAGUGUCCCGUUCAAUAUCGACUGGUACCGGGAGGGACAUCCGGCACCCAUAAGCAAUUCGCAGCGCAUUGGCGUUCAAGGAGAUGGCCAGCUGGAGAUACAGGCGGUGCGGGCCAGCGAUGUGGGCAGCUAUGCGUGUGUGGUUACCUCGCCCGGUGGCAAUGAGACGCGCGCGGCACGUCUCAGCGUUAUUGAGCUGCCAUUCCCGCCCAGCAAUGUGAAGGUGGAGCGCCUGGCCGAGCCGCGGCAGCGCAGCAUCAAUGUAUCGUGGACGCCGGGCUUCGAUGGCAACAGUCCAAUAUCCAAAUUUAUUAUACAGCGUCGAGAGGUCUCCAAAUUGGAAAAAUCCGAUGAUCCAGUACCAGAAUUGCUACGGAAUUGGAUCACCGAGUUGAGCAACGUUUCUGCCGAUCAGCGUUGGAUUCUGCUGGAGCACCUGAAGGCAGCCACCGUCUAUCAGUUUCGCGUGAGUGCCGUUAAUCGCGUCGGCGAGGGCUCACCAUCCGAGCCAAGUAACGUCGUCGAGCUGCCCCAAGAAGCGUUUCCAUAUUACCGAGCACCAUCGGGCCCACCAGUUGGUUUUGUCGGCUCCGCUAGAUCUAUGUCGGAAAUCAUGACGCAAUGGCAGCCGCCGCUGGAGGAGCAUCGCAAUGGCCAUAUACUGGGCUAUAUACUGCGCUAUCGACUCUACGGCUAUAACAAUGUGCCCUGGACCUAUCAGAACAUCACGAACGAAGUGCAGCGCAGUUUUCUCAUCAAGGAGCUGAUUACCUGGAAGGAUUAUGUAGUGCAGAUCGCCGCCUACAACGAAAUGGGUGUUGGCAUUUACACUGAGGGCGCCAAGAUCAAGACUAAAGAGGGCGUGCCCGAGGCGCCGCCCACAAAUUUGCGUGUAGUGGCCCUGAACUCGACGGCCGCCAAGAUCAGCUGGAAGCCACCGAAUCCGCAACAGAUUAACGGCAUCAAUCAGGGCUAUAAGAUCCAGGCAUGGCAGCAGCAUCACAUCGACGGCGAGCCGCGUGACGUGGAGAAGCGCAUGAUGACGGUGCCGCCCAGUCUUAUCGAUCCGCUUGCCGAGCAGACGGCCAUACUUAAUGGGCUGGACAAGUACGCCAAGUACAAUAUCAGUGUGUUGUGCUUCACCGAUCCCGGCGAUGGCAUCAUCAGUCAAAAGGUGCCCGUCAUGACCAAAGAGGAUGUGCCCGACGAGAUAACUGCCCUACACUUUGAUGAUGUCUCCGAUCGUGCUGUUACCGUCCUGUGGGCCCCACCGCGCCACGCCAAUGGUUUGCUCACCGGCUAUACGGUGCGCUAUCAGGUGCGCGAUCGUCCCGAGACCAUGAAGUCCAUUAAUCUAACCGCCGAGGACACACAGCUGACGGUUAAUCAGCUGCAGGCAACUACGCACUAUUGGUUUGAGAUCUGCGCCUGGACAAGAAUUGGCAGCGGUGCACCCAAGACGGCAACCAUACAGUCGGGGGUGGAGCCAGUGCUCCCUCAUGCACCGACCAAUCUGGCGCUGUCAAACAUCGAGGCAUUCUCCGUGGUGCUGCAGUUUACGCCUGGCUUCGAUGGCAACUCGAGCAUCACCAAAUGGAAGGUAGAAGCGCAAACGGCACGCAACAUGACCUGGUUCACCAUCUGUGAGAUCAGCGAUCCCGAUGCGGAGACACUCACUGUGACCGGUCUAAUGCCCUUCACCCAGUACCGUCUGCGCUUGAGCGCCACCAAUGUGGUGGGCAGCUCGCGCCCCUCGGAGCCCACCAAGGAUUUCCAGACCAUACAGGCCCGUCCCAUGCACGCACCCUUCAAUGUCACCGUACGGGCAAUGAGCGCUCAACAGCUACGCGUCCGCUGGAUACCGCUGCAGCAAACGGAAUGGUUUGGCAAUCCUCGUGGCUACAACAUCACCUACCGUCAAAUGGAGCGUGUUGCUGGCGCCAUUAAGAGAACGCCGCGCAGCGUACUCAUCGAGGAUCACACGGCCAAUUCGCAUGUGCUGGAUGCUCUGGAGGAGUGGACCGUCUACGAGGUGCUAAUAAAUGCUUGCAACGAUGUGGGCUGCUCCCGCGCUAGCAAUUCGGCUGAGGAACGCACACGGGAGGCGACGCCAACGUAUGGACCAUUGGAUGUCCAAGCGAAUGCCACAUCCUCGACAACUGUGGUGGUGCGCUGGGGUGAGGUGCCGCGCCAGCAUCGGAAUGGUCAAAUCGAAGGCUACAAGGUCUUCUAUGCGGCUCCAGAUCGCGUCAACAUGGUGCCAGUGCUGCAUAAAACCAUCACGACCAACAGUUCCUUUACCACAACCCUGACCGAGCUUAAAAAAUAUGUCGUCUACCAUGUCCAGGUGCUGGCCUACACAAGAUUGGGAGAUGGCGCGCUGAGCACACCACCAAUACGCGUCCAGACCUUUGAGGAUACACCCGGUGCACCGUCGAAUGUCAGUUUCCCGGAUGUGACCUUCUCGAUGGCCCGCAUCAUUUGGGAUGUUCCCGAUGAUCCGAAUGGCGAGAUACUCGCCUAUCAAGUCACCUACACGCUCAACGGCAGCGCCAAUCUCAACUAUAGCCGCGAGUUCCCGCCCUCGGAUCGCACUUUCCGUGCCACCCAGCUGCUAUCCGAACGUUAUUAUAGCUUUAGUGUGACCGCCCAAACGCGACUAGGCUGGGGCAAGACGGCCAGCGUGCUCGUGUACACCACCAACAACCGGGAUCGUCCGCAGGCGCCGUCAGUGCCGCAGAUCUCGCGGAGCCAGAUCCAGUCUAGUCAGAUCACCUUCAGCUGGACACCGGGUCGAGAUGGCUUCGCACCGCUGCGCUACUACACGGUCCAAAUGCGCGAGAACGAGGGUCCAUGGCAGCCGCUUCCGGAGCGCGUAGAUCCUUUGCUGAGCUCGUAUACAGCCCUGGGAUUGAGACCGCAUACCACCUACCAAUUUCGCAUACAGGCCACCAACGAUCUGGGCCCCUCGGCCUUCAGUCGCGAGAGUAUUGUGGUACGCACCCUGCCUGCCGCCCCAGCCAUUGGGGUGGGUGGACUGAAGGUGGUGCCCAUUACGACGACAUCGGUGCGCGUGCACUGGAACGCACUGGAGACGGGCAUGUGGAAUGGGGAUGCAGCAACUGGUGGCUAUCGCAUCUUGUAUCAGCAGCUCUCGGACUUUCCCACGGCCCUGCAGUCAACGCCCAAAACGGAUGUCAUGGGCAUCAAUGUGAACAGUGUGGUGCUCUCCGAUCUGACGCAGGAUCGUAACUAUGAAAUUGUCGUGCUGCCAUUUAACUCCCAGGGACCGGGUCCGGCAACGCCGCCAGCGGCAGUUUAUGUAGGGGAGGCUGUGCCCACUGGAGAACCACGCGCUGUGGAUGCUGCGUCCAUAUCCAGCACCGAGGUGCGCCUUCGCUGGAAGCCACCCAAGCAGAGUAUGCAGAAUGGCGACAUUUUGGGCUACAAGAUCUUCUACCUGGUCACAUCUUCACCACAAGCGCUCGAGCCAGGACGCAAGUGGGAGGAGGAAAUCGAGGUCGUCUCCGCCACGGCCACAUCGCACAGUCUUGUCUUUCUCGAUAAGUACACCGAAUACCGCAUCCAGCUGUUGGCCUUCAAUCCUGCCGGCGAUGGACCGCGUUCUGCACCCGUUACGGUCAAGACGCUUCAGGGUGUGCCAAGCGCUCCGCUUAAUUUGCGCUUUUCAGACAUCACAAUGCAGAGUCUGGAGGUGGCUUGGGAUCCGCCCAAGUUUCUCAAUGGCGAAAUUCUGGGCUACCUGGUGACAUACGAGACCACCGAGGAAAACGAGAAGUUUAGCAAGCAGGUAAAGCAGAAGGUAUCUAAUACUACGCUGCGCGUCCAGAACCUGGAGGAGGAGGUCACCUAUACAUUCACUGUGCGCGCCCAGACCAUUGACUAUGGACCCGCGGUUAGCGAGAAUGUAACCACAGGCCCACAGGACGGCUCACCCGUUGCACCGCGUGAUUUGAUACUCAGCAAGACGCUCUCCAGCGUCGAGAUGCACUGGAUUAAUGGACCCUCCGGUCGCGGACCCAUCCUUGGUUACCUCAUCGAGGCCAAGAAGCGCGAAAAAGGAGAGCCCUCGUUUAUAUAUGAUUCGCGCUGGACAAAGAUUGAGCAGACGAAGAAGGGCACCAUGCAGGACUUCACCGUUAGCUACCAUAUAUUGAUGCCAUCGACUGCGUAUACAUUCCGCGUGAUUGCCUACAACCGUUAUGGUAUAUCGUUUCCGGCGUACUCCAAGGAUUCGAUAUUGACCCCAUCGAAGCUACAUCUUGAAUACGGAUAUUUGCAACACAAGCCAUUCUACAGGCAAACAUGGUUCAUGGUCUCGCUAGCAGCCACAUCGAUAGUCAUCAUUGUGAUGGUCAUUGCCGUACUCUGUGUGAAGAGCAAGAGCUACAAGUAUAAACAGGAAGCACAGAAAACAUUGGAGGAGUCCAUGGCCAUGUCGAUUGAUGAACGCCAGGAGCUGGCACUGGAGCUGUAUCGUUCGCGUCACGGCGUUGGCACGGGCACACUGAACAGCGUGGGCACACUGCGCAGCGGCACGCUUGGCACCCUGGGCCGCAAGUCGACCAAUCGACCCCCGACAAAUGUGCAGCUAGGCAAGAGUCCCCCAAGGCCGUCGCCCGCUUCGGUAGCCUACCACAGCGAUGAGGAGAGUCUUAAGUGCUACGAUGAGAAUCCGGACGACAGCAGCGUUACCGAGAAGCCAUCAGAGGUGAGCAGCUCCGAGGCCUCGCAGCACUCGGAAAGCGAAAACGAGAGCGUACGCAGCGAUCCGCAUUCAUUUGUAAAUCACUAUGCCAAUGUCAAUGAUUCAUUGCGUCAAUCAUGGAAGAAGACAAAGCCGGUGCGCAACUAUUCCAGCUAUACAGACUCCGAGCCGGAGGGCAGCGCAGUGAUGAGCCUCAAUGGCGGCCAGAUUAUUGUCAAUAAUAUGGCCAGAUCGAGGGCGCCACUGCCUGGCUUCUCCUCAUUUGUCUGACAAUCAACCGAAUUCUAAGAUCUAAGCAACAGUAGCAGCAGCACCGUCAUAAGGGAGACAUUCGUCUAAGCAGAUGCAACAGGCGCAACAGGCACACCUAAAUGAAUUUCACGCUGGGAACAGGAAGCAAACCGAACAAUAUUCAUCCAGUGGCAUUCCCCCUUUUUGUGUGUGUGCGUGUGUGCGUGGGCGUAUAUAUGAGUCUGUAUGGAUGUCUUGGACAUGUGUUUAGCUGCUGCCGCUGAGCUGCUAUAUGAACAUUUCGUUAUCUAUAUACUUAUAAUUUAUAGUUUCUAGUACGAGAGAUCUGAGAUUUACAAGCAUUUAGUUUUUAAAAAAUGUUCCACUGACCCAGCCCCAUAAUUAUUACUAUAAUUAUUAUUAUUUUAUUGUAAUUUUUACAUAGUUUACUUUUUUUUUGUAUUUUAAUUUGUUAGUUAACUUAUUUGUUUGCGCUGCGUCCGUUGUCUGCCACGCCCACAACUAGUUUGUAACUGACAUUUAUCGAAAGCAAAAACUUGUGAUAAGUAAAUUUUUGCAAGGUUUCGGUAGAUUUUUUUUUAUUUUUUUUUUUCUUGUAUAGGAAAUUUUUCGUUGUGUUCAGUGGGUGAAUGAUGUGAAUGUGAUUGUGAAUGAUCAAUUAUUUUAG